GCUGGCAGACGGGCAAAGCCUGCGGAGGUGCCUCUUCUCCUCCUCCGCCCGUGGCUUCCCGCUCCCCAGCACGCCUCGGGGAAGCAAGAUGAAGUGGACGAGGAUUGCCAUCUUUGCCAUCUUGCAUGCACAGCUCCCAGGCACAGAUGCUGCAACAGUUCUUGGACUGACAGACCCAAGACUCUGCUACUUACUGGAUGGCUUUCUCUUCAUUUACGCAGUCGUCGUGACAGCCCUUUUUGUGAAAGCAAAGCUUAGCCAGGCCUCUGAACCACAGCUGCAACCAGGCCAGGAUGAUGUGUAUAACAAACUGUCACGUGGACAGAGAGAUGAAUAUGAUGUUCUGGGGGCAAAGCGAGGUGGAGACCCUGAGCUGGGCGGGAGACACCAGCAGAGAAGAAAAAACCCUCAUGACACCGUCUACACUUCACUGCAGAAGGACAAGAUGGGUGAGGCAUACAGUGAAAUCGGCAUGAAGGGAGAGCAGCAGAGGCGGCGAGGCAAAGGGAAUGAAGGUGUCUACCAGGGACUCAGUACAGCGACCAAGGACACUUACGAUGCUCUCCAAAUGCAGCCCUUGCCACCCCGCUAAGCAGGAGUCAGUGAGGGGGUGGGCAAGAGUGAGAGAUGCCCACCUGUGCUGGAGAGGAGAGGAAGGAAAGCCAUGGUCAUCCAAAACAAGCCCUGUGUAUUUUCUCAGUGCAGUGAUCUACUUUUGUCGGUGCACAGAGGCAGUAUGUCUGGGCUCAGCUGGUCCCUUUCUCCCUUCCCUCCUGAAUCAUGUAACUGCAAGCUUUAGCUAUUAAAAUGUACAUAUCUGUAAAUUUGUUUCCAAUCAUAGUGGUUAUUAGGCUGAUUUUUUUAAGAUUUGUGUUGUGGGACAAGACCACACCUACUAACAAAGCUGUUUCUGUAGCUCUUACUUGCCUUCCAGGGGUGUCAAGAUAUGCAGUUAUGGUUUCACUGCAUUUAAAGAACUUGUAAAGAUAGGGCUGUACUUCUUUCCUGUAGUAUUUAUCUUAAGACUAUUGACACAGGCCAGAUGAUAAACUUUUUGCUUUAAAUUUACCUUUUCAGUAAAGGUAACAACUUUUUUCUUUGAUUGUAAAAAGUGAUGUGAUGUUACCAUGGUGAAGGACAGAGGCUGAAUGCCAGCUUUUCAAUAUGAAGAAAAUGAGCACUAAGCUCCAAAAAAAGAUCAGGCAAUGGCCUUGCCCCUCAUCCAGCACCUGGAGCUAAAAAAGAGCCAGGUGACUUGCGUAAGAGACUUCUCAGAAGGCAGAAGAUGCACCCAUAACAACGAAAAUGAGGAGAAUGAACUCUGAUAAAGACAGAAAAAGCCUGGAAAAAGCCUGGAAAACUCACCCUGGAGAAUCCCAUCUGGCUAAAGGGUUUGGCUGAAACGUCUACCCCCUCAUAUUAGCAACAGCUACACCUCUCGCUGCAGAACAGGCUCUCCUUGUCAGAGCCGGUAUGGCAAUUCUCAUGGCAGAAACAGACCUAAACUAUCACUUCCUGGGCAGCAGAAACUGUACAAAAGCCAAUGUAAAUGCAGGUUCCAGAGCAGUCUAUCAUCAGGUUACCUUUAAAAGAUGCUGUGGGUAUCAUUCCAAAGAAAUAGUAGUUCAAUAAUGUAAUGCAUUUUUGAUUAAUUAAUA